AUGGCUGCCCGAAAACAUGAGCUGGUUUUAGUGCUAACAUCCGUGUUAUGUUUUGUGUCAUCAAUUGUUGGAGAUCCAAAUGUGCCCAGUGACUCACAAGAUAAUAGUGCUUUAACUCAAGACGAUUUUGCAAAGCGUGGCAUGGAUAAAUUUGGAUUUGCAGGAGGUGUGGGGAAACGUGGAUUGGACAAAUUCGGAUUCACUGGACAGCUAGGCAAACGGGAUAUGGAUUCUUUCGGUUUUGCAGGUCAAUUAGGAAAACGAGGACUUGAUCAAUACGGAUUUACUGGCCAAUUGGGAAAACGAGGAUUGGACCAAUAUGGCUUUACCGGUCAAUUGGGAAAACGAGGAUUAGACCAAUAUGGCUUUACCGGUCAAUUGGGAAAGCGAGGAUUGGACCAAUAUGGCUUUACCGGUCAAUUGGGAAAACGAGGAUUGGACCAAUAUGGCUUUACCGGUCAAUUGGGAAAACGAGGAUUGGACCAAUAUGGCUUUACCGGCCAAUUGGGAAAACGAGGACUUGAUCAAUAUGGUUUUGCUGGACAGUUAGGCAAACGAGGUUUGGACCAAUAUGGCUUUACCGGCCAAUUGGGAAAACGAGGACUUGAUCAAUAUGGUUUUGCUGGACAGUUAGGCAAACGAGGUUUGGACCACUAUGGUUUUGCUGGACAAUUAGGUAAACGAGGAUUGGACCAAUACGGUUUUGCUGGACAGUUAGGCAAACGAGGAUUUGACCAAUUUGGUUUUGCUGGACAAUUAGGCAAAAGAGGAUUAGAUCACUAUGGUUUCGCCGGACAAUUAGGAAAACGUGGACUUGACCAGCUUGGAUUUACAGGGCAGCUCGGUAAAAGACAAAUGGAUAUUUUUGGGUAUAGAGGACAAUUGGGAAAACGUCAAAGCAUCGAUAAAUACUCAUUUUUAGGAGCUGGAAUAGGAAAACGAUCAGUGAAAAAUACGGCUGGUAUUAAGAAAGACGAUGCCUAA